AUAAAGCGCUUCAUGUUAUAUCUCAUUUGUUUGGCAUUUGAACCAUCUGAUUAAAUUUAUUUUCUUACUUUUCCUCGAGAGAUCUCUCUUGCCCUUCCCUCCCAUCAUCUUCUCUCUUUUUCCAGUCCCCCUGCAGAUGGGAGAUUCUUCAAAGUCACAAACAUCAAACUGGUAUAACAUUCUCGGAAUCCCGAAAUCGGCAUCCCUCUCAGAGAUUUGUAAAGCAUACAAAUCUCUGGUGAAGAAAUGGCAUCCUGACAGAAAUCCCUCCAACAAGAUAGAAGCUGAAGCCAAAUUUCGUUCCAUCAAUGAAGCCUACAGGGCCCUUAGCCUCAAGAAAAGAGAGGAAGACAUCCUCAAGAAUAGAGGAGGAGAAGGCAAUGCAUAUGGCGAACGUAAGCCCAAACACAAGAAGAAAAAGUCACACGAUUGUGACAAAGCCAACGGACUCCAAAUUUCCAAUCCAACCCUUCUUUCACGUACAACAAGCCGCACAAGCCCUCUAACCAGCCCCACAUUAUCCAGCAGGAGAAAUAAUAUACCUCCUGCUCCUCCCUUUGGAUUACAUCCUUUGUCCGUAGGAGACACGCCCACGACACCCUCCACGCCCGAAGACCUUGUCCCUUUAUCUAAAGUAGCUAGCCGGAGAUGCAGCACUCCCAUAUUCUUUUCACAAUCUGCAGCUCGUAUAAAACCUCCUCCUGUUCAGAAAAAGAUCGCAUGCACCCUUGAGGAACUGUGCCUUGGAUGUGUCAAAAAUAUCAAGAUCACAAGAGAUGCCAUAUAUUCAGGGUUGAUAGUUGAAGAGGAAGAGAUACUUACAAUCCACGUGCAGCCGGGAUGGAAGAAGGGCACGAAGAUCACGUUUGAAGGGAAGGGUGAUGAAAAGCCAGGGACUCUCCCUGCUGACAUAGUAUUCUCCGUUGUUGAGAAAAAGCAUUCGUUAUUCAGACGAGAUGGUGAUGAUUUGGAGCUUGUGUUGGAGGUCCCUCUUGUUCAAGCUCUAACGGGAUGCACCACUCCAAUCCCUCUGCUUGGAGGAGGCCAGAUGACGGUGUCCAUAGAUGAUAUCAUAUAUCCAGGAUAUGAGAAGAAAGUACCUGGACAAGGCAUGCCUAUUUCAAAAAAAGGUAAUAGAGGAAACCUCAGACUCAAGUUCCUGGUUGAGUUUCCAGCUGAACUCAGCAACGAUCAACGGGUGCAGAUAGUUAACAUUUUAGAAGGAUGUUCUUCAUCAUUCGACUAAUUUAGUGAACACCUGCGUUGUUUUCAAUCAAGAGAUGGAUCUCAGUAGACAUGUCCGAUCAUUACAUUGAUUGGGGUUGAGUCGUGUGAACGGCCUCUUUUUGUUUCAAGUGAUAGGCAUAUUGUAUCAUGAUGUACAUACUCUGUACCUUCAUCCAAGA